GCGCAAGCGCACUGAGGGCGGCCUGGUCGGCGGCGGCGGCUGCAGCUACACUGCCCGGCGGUGGCGUGAGCACCUGAUCUGGCUCGCCUUUGCCUCCUGGCCCCGGUUCCCCUCGACUCCACGUGCUUCGGCCCUGCUUAAGUUCUUUCGCUUCCUCAUAUCCCGGCCCCGGCCGCCUGCCUCCAUCGCCGCGAUGAUGAUGAUGGCGUUGAGCAAGACCUUCGGGCAGAAACCCGUCAAGUUCCAGCUGGAGGACGACGGCGAGUUCUACAUGAUCGGCUCUGAGGUGGGAAACUACCUCCGUAUGUUCCGAGGUUCUCUGUACAAGAGAUACCCCUCACUCUGGAGGCGACUAGCCACUGUGGAGGAGAGGAAGAAAAUAGUUGCAUCGUCACAUGGUAAAAAAACAAAACCUAACACUAAGGAUCAUGGAUACACAACCCUGGCUACCAGUGUCACUCUGUUAAAGGCUUCAGAGGUGGAAGAGAUUCUGGACGGCAAUGAUGAGAAGUACAAGGCUGUGUCCAUCAGCACGGAGCCCCCCACCUACCUCAGGGAACAGAAGGCAAAGAGGAACAGUCAGUGGGUGCCCACACUGCCCAACAGUUCCCACCAUCUGGAUGCUGUGCCUUGCUCCACGACCAUCAACAGGAACCGCAUGGGUCGGGACAAGAAGAGGACCUUCCCUCUCUGCUUUGAUGACCACGACCCAGCUGUGAUCCACGAGAAUGCAUCUCAGCCUGAGGUGCUGGUCCCUAUCCGGUUGGACAUGGAAAUUGAUGGGCAGAAGCUGCGGGACGCCUUUACCUGGAACAUGAAUGAGAAACUGAUGACCCCUGAGAUGUUUUCAGAAAUUCUCUGUGAUGACCUGGAUUUGAAUCCACUGACGUUUGUGCCAGCCAUUGCCUCUGCCAUCAGGCAGCAAAUUGAAUCCUAUCCCACAGACAGUAUCCUGGAAGACCAGUCAGACCAGCGUGUCAUCAUCAAGCUGAAUAUCCAUGUGGGAAACAUCUCGCUGGUGGACCAGUUUGAGUGGGAUAUGUCAGAGAAGGAGAACUCACCAGAGAAGUUUGCCCUGAAGCUGUGCUCUGAGCUGGGGCUGGGAGGGGAGUUUGUCACCACCAUUGCUUACAGCAUUCGGGGACAGCUGAGCUGGCAUCAGAAGACCUAUGCCUUCAGUGAGAACCCCCUGCCCACAGUGGAGAUUGCCAUCCGGAACACAGGCGAUGCUGAUCAGUGGUGUCCACUGCUAGAGACUCUGACAGACGCUGAGAUGGAAAAGAAGAUUCGAGACCAAGACAGGAAUACGAGGCGUAUGAGGCGUCUCGCCAACACUGCCCCGGCCUGGUAACCAGCCCAUCAGCGCUUGGCUCCCACAGUGUGUUCAGAAGAUGGAGCCGUCUCUCCUUCACCUGGCGAAGAGGGAGGCAAAGGGGCAGCCUGGGCAGUCCCGUGGAGCACAGGGCAGGGAGCCUACCUGGUGGCCCUCCCUCCAGGACACAUUCCAUUUACUGAGCUCCAGUCCCCAGAACCCCUAUCUCUGGUUGAGAAGAAGCCUUGUCUGGGGUUGUGUUUUGUUUUUUAUAGGAGCCCCAGACAGGGCUAGUAACACUUUUUAAAUAAAAGGAACAGGUCUCGUUCCAUUUCUUCAAA